UGUGCGUCUCAAUUUGUUUAUAAAGAAAGCGGAACAAUUACGUCUUCACGCUACGUUUAAUGCGUAGCAUACCAUCCAUAAACCAUUAAAAUCAUAGCGUCCAAUUAACGCGAAUGUUAAAGGAAGUAUAGAUGAUACCGGCAGCACAAUGUUUUCGUUGGUAGCAGACUACGGUGACAGUGAGGAAUCUUCCUCUUCCGACACAUCGGACGAUUCCAGCGAAAAACUAGAAACAAAACCCGACAGUCCAUCAACUUCUCCCCAUGAUACAAAAGUUAAUCAAUCCAUGCCCCUACCGAGUGCCAGCGCUAUGCUCCAGUCCGGUCCGAGUCGUGUCUUGCCAGGAAGCGUUUUUAGCAAUCCGUUUCGUGAAGCCGAAGAAGCCAAACUUGCCAGCUUGGAGAAGCAUGUGAAGAUGGUCGAUCCGGAGGCAAAUGCGGCCGAACAAAAGCGGAAGGUGUGCUGGAGCUACAAGAAGGGUCGAUGUCGGUUCGGUAGUAAAUGCAACUUUGCGCAUGACUCGGAUUUAAUUCUUCGCAAAGAACUUGCCACCGGUACUAGUGAAAACGAGCAGGACCUACCGUGUUUAGAAGACGUUCCAAUUACCGUACCAAAAACGGUACCACCGAACAAGAAAAAGCGACCGGGAUUGAGUCGGGAGCUGGUACCACCGAAAAAGGUUCUGAAGAUGUACCAUAAGGAAAAAUACGGGAUGCUUAAGUAGUAGGCGCGGGUAACAUGGCACCGAAAAUAGUAACAAAAGCGGAACAGCUGUAUUUUAUUGUUUGCCUGUUGUAAGAUAUGUGUUAGAGCCUUGUUUUCUUUUUAUUUACAGUGCAAAACUCACUUUCUUAAGCUCAUUAGAAAUAUACACCUUUCAUUUUGAACCCCAAA